UGCCUUCCUCGCCUACACGACCGAGUUUAAUCAGAUUGACUUCAAAUAUCUUUUCGUGUUAAUUUUCCAAUCGAGCAAUUUCGUUCACGGCGAUGAUCAUCCUGGUUCUAUUAACAACAAUUACGUCCAUCAAUGCUCAAUUCCCCCCAAUUCCCGUCCAGUUCCAGAUGUCCCAGCCAAACGGAAAUCCUUUCCAGUCCCUCGGACCAUCUUUACCGCAACAGAUGCCCAUGCAUUUCCCAUUUCAACAAAGGCUCCCGGCCGUGGUCAUGCCGUAUGUACCCAAACACCAUAAAAAGACAAGAUAUCAUAGAAGACGUUCCCCAAAAAGAGUAAUAGAAGAUUCUAACAGUGAAUCUUGUUCUGAUGAGGACUUUAGAAGAUCCAGCAGAGUGCAUCGUAGAAGGCAGGUCUUAACACCCGUGAUCUCGUACAUUACGAAGGACGGAAAUGUGGUCUACCAGAAAAAGGUAAAGAGAGAAAGAGCUAGAGAUUGGCUUGAUAUUGGCAGGAAUCCGUCGGAACUGGAAAAUGAAUAACGUGGGCGAUUUGAACUCAUUAGUCAAGAGAAUUUACAGAAUGAAGUUCAUCUAGAAGAAUUAUUUUAACGUGAAAUCACACAGCCGUUGUAUAUAAAGUACCUACCAGUGUUUAAUUCUCAUUUUUUUUAUUCGAUAUGUUUCAAUAUUUUAAAUUGUCAGACCUUAUUUAUUUCAUAAUUCUUAGACUUUUUGUCCUUUGGCAACAGACAAAUGCUUUCAUC